AUGUCAAAAUCAAAAGAAUUACAUGAUGAUUCAGAUUCGGAAGAAACAAAAACUUUAAAAAAAAUUAAUUCAACUAGUGAUGAAGAAUCAUCUAAAACAUCAGUAUCGAAAAAAUUAAAAUCUAAAAAUUCUGAAGAUCAAAAUGAUCCACCUGCUAAACGAACAAAGAAAAAUGAUGAAACAGAUGAUAGUACAGCACCAUCAACUAUUGGACCUAAUGGUGAACGACUCUUUGAAAUUGGUAAAUUACGUUAUGUAUCAGUUAGUGAAUUUCGAGGCAAAUCUUAUAUAAAUAUUCGUGAAUAUUAUGAAGCUAAUGGUGUACUCAAACCUGGUAUAAGUUUAGGUGGUGAACAAUGGGAAAAAUUGAAAGAACUUAUUAAUCAAGUUGAUAAAGAAUUAAAAAAUUCGAAAUAG